UGCUGGAGUUGUCAAAUAUUUUCCCUCAUCUAAACGAAUUUUUUUCUAUUGGGCACCCAAAUCGAAAACGAAAUCAAAGCGAUUUUUUCAUAUUAACCAUGAAGAUGGCCGACGGCUCGACUAUUUUACGAAGAAAUAGACCCGGAACUAAAGCGAAGGAUUUCUGUCGCUGGCCAGAUGAGCCCCUUGAUGAAAUGGACAGCACACUUGCUGUGCAGCAAUACAUUCAGCAGUUGAUCAAGAGAGACCCAUCGAAUGUGGAUCUGAUUCUAACAAUGCCAGAGGCACAGGAUGAAGGUGUCUGGAAGUACGAGCAUUUGCGGCAAUUCUGCAUGGAAUUAAAUGGUUUGGCUGUGCGUCUUCAGACCAAUUGCUUUCCGGCAUCAUGUACACAGAUGACAGCAACCGAACAAUGGAUAUUCCUAUGUGCUGCACAUAAAACACCAAAAGAAUGUCCUGCCAUUGAUUAUACACGUCACACACUAGACGGUGCUGCUUGUUUAUUAAAUAGCAAUAAAUAUUUCCCUAGCCGGGUCUCGAUAAAAGAAUCAUCAGUUACUAAAUUAAGUUCGGUUUGUCGUCGAGUGUAUAGAAUUUUUUCUCAUGCAUAUUUCCAUCAUCGAAGGAUAUUCGAUGAAUUCGAGGCUGAGACAUUUUUAUGCCACCGUUUUACGCAUUUCGUUACCAAAUACAAUCUCAUGUCAAAAGAGAAUCUAAUUGUCCCAAUUAAUGAAGAAGAAAAUUCAACGCCUGGCGAAAGUGAAGCUUAAAUUAUAUAAGAACGAAAAAUAAAAUUGAACAACACCACAAACAUAAUAACAUUAAAAAAAAAAAUAAAUUAUACAAAACAGAGAAAACAAAAACAUAUACAAAUACAAAAAAUAAGUUCCGAUCCCCUGCUAUUGGUUUAUCAUAGAAAGAAAAAGUUAAAUUUUGUUUUAUUCCAAAAGCAAGUUUCAAAAUAUUGUUGACAUUCUUUUUUUUUCUGAUAAUUAAAAGCCAAUGGAGUGAAAAAUUUUAAAAAUAAAUGAAACCUUGACAAGUUAAAUUUGAUUGAAAAAUACAAAUUAAUUAUAAUUGAUAAAAUACAAGUUUUAACUUAAGAAUAAACAAAUAAAAAAGAAAAAGAGACAUCUUUACUGAAGUUUUGUUUCCUUAAAUGAAUAUAAAGCUUAAAGAAACAAAUUUUUUAACAAUUGAUUUCAUUAUUACUAAACAUUACCCAUUAUAUUAUUGUAUUAUGUAUUAUUAUUAUUCUGAAUAUUAUACAAAUUAAUUAUUUUUAUUAAUAAUUAGUAAUUAGUCUGCACACACAUAUACAACAAACUUUGAAAAUUUUAUUUGCAUUUGUUUUGUUUUCAAUCAUCCGUCGGUUGAAUCAAUUUUUAUUUUUCUAUUUUGUGGAGAAUUGACGAAAGUUUACUACCAAAACUUUCGAAAAAGUACUGUCAACUUUCGAUUUAGACUACAUCACGGUGGGUAAAACAAGUCGCCUCCCUGAAACCGCAUGUAACUCGCAACGUAUUGGGGCUUAGAGUCAGCGACGACGUGGUGGAUCGCUUGAACCUUAAGUUCUUCAUGUGAUCAUUUCUAGAUAAAACUAUACUAAUUUUUUGUUUUCACUCCAUUUCACAAUAUGAAAAGUAAAUUGUAACAGAUCCUGAUUUAAAAAGGGGUGAAAUAUGAGAAGUCUGCGACUAAGCCGUUAAUAUUGUUUAAAAACACAUUUGAAGUUAUUAACUUUUUUUUUUAAAUUUAUUUUACCAUCCUUGCAUCUUAAAUAUUCCUUUGUUCAUUGGAUCAGUUUCAGAAUUGUUUUAAUUAAAAAUAAAAUCAGAAUUAAACAAUCUAUACACCAUUUUGCAAAAUAUACUGAAUUGAAUAAAGAUUUUUAAAAAAGCAAUGAUUUUUUUUAUUACAACUAAAUCCAUUUAUAGGAUUUUUAAUACAAAUAUUUAUGCAUUUUGUAUAUACAAAAAAUAUAUAUAUAACAAUUAAAACUGCAUUUUUCGUAUUAUUAACUUUGAACUAAAGAUACGCAAAUUUAAAUUAUUUAAAUGAAACAAAACACAUAUAAAACAAAUGGUUUAAAAAAAUACUCAAAUGGUGUCGUUUAUGGAGCCUUUUUAACCUGGGUUAUGUUAUCAAUUCUUUUAUUUAUAUAAUCUAAAAAUAUACAAAUAUUCAAUAAUUUGUAGGUAUUUGUAAUUUUAUAUUUAAAACAAAAAAACGUUAUAGUGCGAUAGUCGUUUUCUUCUUUAGUUCAUUUAAAUUUUCUUGCUUGCGUAGAAUUGUGUAGAAAAAGUUGUAUUUAAACUAUUUUUUUCGGGUUAAAAUUUCUUGUUUAAAAUGUAAAACACUCAUCAUAUAUAAAAUAAAAUGAUUGAAAUUUAAUUAUGGGCUCCAUUUUAAUAGUCAAAACAUAAACAUAAAAACAAAACAACAAAAUGAACUGUAUGGAUCCUCUCUAAAAAGAAUAUAAUUAGGUAUAAUAAUGAUGGUUACAUGAACGUAAUAUGAGAUGAAUAUUGAAAU